AUGGACGCGUCAACAGGGCCAGGAGCCCCUUUUAAUCUCAGCUUGUGUGAAGAUGGACUGUAUGCUGCCCACGUGAGUGGAAAGGGACUGGUUGUUCACUCAAAUGUAGCUUCGGACAGCAAGGAAGUACAGAUCGCAAGACUGAAAGAAAUUCCACUCAAAACACUCAAAUACUUCAACACAACAAGCUUUUGUGGUGCAUCAGACGACGAGAUCGCCUCUCGGCGGCGACUCCUGUCCGCAAACGACAGCCGAAUGACAGUCUGGCAGCUCACUCCACUUGAAAUAUUCGCCGAGAUUGAAAGCAUUGAACCGGGGGCAUUAGCGGUCGAUUUUGGCGCUGAUGAGAAUGAGGUUCUUGUGUUUCACGCCUGGAAUACUAAACUCAGUGUCCACUCAUUAGAGACCGGGCGCAGCUCAGUCAUUAAAACACCAAAGUUUGCCCAUCAUUUUGGGUAUGGUUAUCGCUCAAAAACCAGGCAUCUCGCUAUCCUGUUGAAGCCAGAGACUUCAGAUCUACUGACUGUCCAUGAGCCCCGGUCUUACGAGCUCGUCAACAAAACUGUGCUUCCAACCAUUGAUGCACAAGGGCUGAAAUGGAGCCCGGAUGGGAAAUGGAUUGCCAUCUGGGACAUUGCCAGUGCAGGCACGAAGGUGCUCAUAUUUACAGCGGACGGUCAACUUUUCAGAACAUAUUCCGGACCAUCUGGGGUGGAUGAUUCCUUCGAUCUCGGAGUGAAACAGAUUGAAUGGAGCCCUGCUUCUCACCAGGGAAUUUCUGAUAUAUUGGCCGUGGGAAAAGUCAAUGGGAAUAUUGACUUGCUCCGAACUCGCACGUUCUCUUCCGCAACAACAUUCUCACAUAUCUUCCAAACAGACCAACAAUGUACCAAUAUUUGGCGCGAGCGAUACACUAGUGCCGUAGGGGACGCCGAAUAUGCCCAGGCUUCCUGCUCAUCUGCAUUGAGCAUGAGCCCGGAGUCGACAGGGCCACCACGAGGCGUCUUGACAAUGACCUUCAGUCCAGACGGUCGCUUCCUUGCGACUGUUGACACUACACGUCAGAAUGUCGUUUGGAUUUGGUCACUAGAAGGUACUCCACAACUUGCAUCGGCUCUGGUUCACGAGCAGUCCGUUCGACAGAUUGUUUGGCAUCCUUCAGCACCACAACUCUUGAUUAACACUGUUACGAAUACAUUGCCCGCUAUUCGAUGGUGGUCCCCAGAAGAUCAUCCAUUGAUUACCCGGGUUCCUGUUCAGAGGACCGAGAGUGGGAAAUACGAUGUGAGAUGGGUUGCAGGGUCAAACCCAGACUCAUCAUUCUGGUUUAGCUCACCAGAGCAAUAUGUUAUUGGGUAUUUGUCUACCCGCAACGGUUCUGUCGAGUUUGAAGUGUUGAACUCAGUGGCCGGUAAGAUGAGCUAG